AUGAACAGCUUGCGUCUCCUCAAGCAAAGGUAUUUUUUGAGUUUUGGGGAGUCUAGCAGACCUGCAAGAACAAAAAUUACUCUUCAGGAAAAUAAAAAUAUUUCCACAAUGUCCCUUAUACAUUCAGAAAUUGCUAGACUUGCCAAGAAGCAGGACAAUAUUACUUCUAGGGAAAGAAUUCAGUUGAUAGAAACUGACCAGGAAAUGGCUCAGGCAUUAGAUUUAAGAUACAAAGAAAUGUCAGCAGUUAUGCUGAUGAAGUUUAAAGGCUUGAUGGAAAAUAUGGACUUUAUGAUUGAAGAGAUAAGAGACUCUCUUAAAAAUGAGCUAAAGGAAAUUUUAGGAGUAGCAAAUAAAAUACCUGAAGUGAAAAAUCCAAAUAACUCCAGUACCACAUUGGAAUGCCAACAAAGAAAAGAGUUAGCCACACAAAAAACAGAAAUGGUAGAGAAAACAGAAGGCGCAAACUCUAAACUUGGUGAGGAUAUUGAAAAUUUAACUUUUAAAAGAAAAGAAAUAAAUAAGCCAAGUAGCAAAUUAGAUAACGCUGAAGACUUCAGUACUAACCAAGGCAAGGAAUCGUUCUACGAGUCACAAAAUUGCACAGUCAAGGAAAGUAUGGAAGAAGCCAUAAGCAAUAUAGACAAUUGUGGAGACGGUAGUAUUCAUAGGGAAGUAACAAGAGAGAACAGAGAGACUGGAGAGGAUGACGUGGUCAAAGCAAAAAGAAAGGAAACAAUUGCUCAGAAUUUGAAAAAUAAAGUGAAAAGUCUAAAAACCUCCAGAGAAGAUGAAGGAGCAGUACUUACGUUGGCAGCUGACUUUUCAUCAGCAACAUUGGACAUCAGUAAGCAAUGGAGUAAUGUCUUCAACAUUCUGAGGGAAAACGAUUUUGAACCUAAACUUCUAUGUCAAGUUAAAUUAGCAAUUAAGUGUGAUGGUGAAGUAAGGACCUUUUCAGAUCUUCAAAGCCUCAGCAAUUUUACUAGCCAAAAACCCUUUAUGAGAGAAUUAUUGAAGGAUAUACUCCCACACAAUGAAACAAUAAGGAAAGGAGGAAGAAGAUACGGGAUUCAAGAAAAAGUGGGGAAAACUCUGCUAGAUUCAAAGCAUGGAGCUGGAGGAGAAGUUGGUAAUGGCUUGAGCUUUCUAUUUGUUAAAGAGGUAAAGGUUGCUGAGCCACAGGAGGUGAAGAACUUAGAGACUCCGGAGGAAGAAUCUUCAGAGUGGGAGACAAAAGAAUCCCCCAAGAAGGAAGAGGCCUCAGAGUCCUCAGAGCCUGAAGGGGAUGGAGAAGAGACCUCAGAGCUGGAAGGGGACAACAGAGAUGAGACCUCAGAGCUGGACGGGGAUGGAGACGAGACCUCCGAGCUGGAAGAGGAUGACGGAGAAGAGACCUCAGAGCUGGAAGGGGACGGAGACGAGACCUCAGAGCUGGACGGGGAUGGAGACGAGACCUCAGAGCUGGACGGGGACGGAGACGAGACCUCAGAGCUGGAUGAGGAAGAAGAGGCUUCAGGGCUGGAGGAGAGGGGAGAGGAGGAGGCUUCAGUGUUAUGUGAGAAUCUGGAUUCAACCUUCCAGUGUCAUUCUUUGGUAAACACGAAAUGUGGAGUGGAGGAAAAAACCAGCAAAGGCUUGGAGAUUGUUUUAGUUAAAGAUUCUGAACCAGAGGAGGAAGGAGGUUCAGAGUGGGAGGAAGGAGAGGACUCUGAAGUAGAAAAUGUAAAGCCUGCCUCCCCAAUUGAGAAAAAAGAGGCCUCAUACAGACCUAAAGAAACAGCCUGUACUUAUUUGGCUCCGAAGUUUGAGAAAGAAAAACUGGUGAAACAACAGAUGUUACAAAAAAUCCAGAAUAAAAAAGAAACUGUUAAACCUAGAAACCGAGGAGUUGGGGCAGUUUGUCCAACUCUCUCAAAAUCACUAGAGAGAAGUUCUAAUAAGCAGAAAAGGCAUUUAUGUACAAAAUCAGGUACUUCAUCAGGAAUCCCUAAAUUCUUAAGGAAAACCGAAAAAGAGAGACAGAAAACUCUACAAACAGAUGAACAAACAGCUAAAGAAAGAGACUUAAUGCAAGAAGCAGAAGAAAACUUUAGAAGAAGUGUAAUUAACAACUUCAGAGAGAUACAGGAGGAGGUUGCAAAUAUUAAAAAUUACAUUCCAGAUGUCUUGGAAAUAAGAAACUCAAUAGAUGUUCUCAAUAACAGAAUAAACAUACUUGAAGAGAGAAUGGACAAUCUAGAAGAUCGUAUUGAAGAAUUCUCUAAGGAUACAAUGCAAAUGGCCAAACAGAUAAUAAAUAGAGAAAGGUCAAGAGACAUAGAGGAUAGAUCCAGAAGCUCCAAUAUCCGUUUGAUAGGAAUUCCAGAAAAAGAUAAUAAAGAAAAUGGAGCAGAGGAAAUAAUGAAGGAACUCAUUGAAGAAAACUUUCCAGAACUAGAGGAUUCAAAUCUUGAGAUUGUUAGUGCUUACCGAAUACCUAGUAAGAUUGAUGAGAAGAGACUCACUCCUAGACACAUUUUGGUGAAAUUUGGGAAUUUCAGUGAUAAAGAAAAGAUCAUAAAGGCUUCCAGAAAGAGAAGAGAGAUAACCUAUAGAGGAACAAGAAUCAGAUUGACAGCAGACUUAUCAUUGGAUACUCUAGAUGCUAGAAGUAAGUGGAGCAGUAUCAUAAAAGUUCUGCAGGCAAAAGGCUUUACACCUAAAAUCCAAUACCCAGCCAAGUUGGCAUUUGAUUUUGAAGGUAAAACAAGGACAUUUUUUGAUACUGAAGAAUUUACGAAGUUUAUUUCUUGCAUACCUUCUCUGAAAGAAUUACUGGAGGAUCUAUGUUAGUAUUCUAGGAUGCCUAUAAAUACAUGCACACAAUAUAUAUCACAUUUCUGCCACAGCAAAAAUCAACAUGGAAAAGCCGGAAAUACAAGGCCACAUUUCUACCCAGGAGAAUGGACCUCAAACUGUAUUUGGGGAGUAGGGGAAAGGAAGGUUACUUUAUUGGCAUAGUUAUAGGGUGUUUUAAAAUUAAUGGUAAUCAUUGUACCUUACAUAGGAGUAGACUUCUAAACUGGGGAGAGGGAAGGAAUCUGUCCAUGUAACCAUAGACAGGAAGAGGGGGGUAAAAGUAAUAGAAGAGCACAGGAAAAAAAUGACAGGAUAAGUUAAAUAGGAAAAAGAUGGAAAAGUUUAACUUUUAUCAUGAGAAGGGUAUUCAAUUUUAUCAUCAUGAUGUCAAUCUUGAAUCUUUAUAUUAAAUGUUUUUC